CGGUAUAUUUAUCGAGUCCGCGGUACUACAAACUACACGUGCCGUGCGCUUUGUGUCCAUUUGAAUAACAAAAUUUAACUUAACGAUGAGCAGUACACGCUUCUUCUUGGCAGAUCUGCCAACCAGAGCAACGGAAUCGGAUCUGCGGAGCCUGUUCCAAGACUAUGGCUAUGUGGAGCAGGUGGACCUGAAGCGGAAAGAGCAGGAGGAUGGCCCAGACAAAAUAAUCGGGUUUGUUACACUCCAGACGGACGAUGCGCACUACUGUCUGAACGAGCUCAACUGGCAGAAGCUGCACGGAACCAAGCUGAGGAUAUCUGUGGCCAAGGAGUCCUUCCUGGAUCGACUAAAGCGUGAGCGCGAAGAGAACCAACAGGGGGAGCAGGGCCAGCAGUACAGCGAAAGCUUUAACGAAAGUACCUCCCGUCUGCUUAAGGAGAACACUCAAAAUAAGCGUCGGGUGUUUGGCGAAGACGAGGAGAUCGGCGAUGACGAGAUUGCACCGGAGCUGCUCAUCACCAAAAAGCGUGCCGCACACUCUAUGCACAAUGGAAAGAUUGUGAUUCAGAAGGAAGACGAUGUGAAGCCGCUGCACAUCAUCGAGCAAUACAAGAAACCGACCAAGCAGCAGCCGGAUACCGACGUCAGCCAGGCUGAGCAGAAGCGUAAGGAGUCGCUUAACAAAAUGCGGCAGGAGCAUCAGCAGAAGAAGUCCGCCAUACAGCAGGCUCUGUCUGCGAUCACUGUGGACGGCAGUAGGGCGAAGCGAAUUAAAUUCAGCGAUGCCGAGGAGGAUGAGCACGAGCCAGAGCAGAAGCCGAAGAAGCAGCCGAAGCUAGAUCUCUUCGACGAUGAUGAUGGCGAGGAAGACGAUGAGGAGGUUAAUAUCCCCCAGUACGAGGGAAAGAAGGGAGAACGUUUGGUUGAAAUGCAGAGCAAACAAAGCUUGGAUCCCCGUUUCCGCAUCACAGCCACCUUUGUCGACGAGGAAGAAUUCGAUCAAGAGGAGGAGGAUGGUGUAGAUCAUCCAGAGGACAAGCCACAAGAGAGCGAACGCAACUGGCAAAUGGGCAUCCUGGAGCAGGUGGUGGGACGAAAGCUGACUAGCACUAGCAACGAGAACGAGCGCAAGGCGGCCAAGAACAAGAAAAUGCUACGCUUCGAUCCGGCCAACGAAGGUCACCAAAAACUGGUGCGGCAAAAGGUGGUCCAGGAGAAGGAGGACUCCACGCCAAAGACAAAGGAUUCAAAGACCAAAGAUAAGGGCGCUGCCCAGGCGCCCGUCUCAAAGGAAGCCUUCUACGUGGUCACCGACAGCCUCACGCAAUCCCUCAAUAUGCGGGGCGAAGGCUUCAGUCUGCUGGACAUGUUUGGCAGUGCCCAUGACGAGGAGGUGGCAAAGCGGCAGGACGAGCUGGAGAAGCUGGGCAGCGAGAAGAUACUGGUGACCAAGCCCAAUGCCAACAAACUAGACCUGGCCACCCACAAUCCCUUCAGCUACGAUUCCUCUGAAAGUGAGGAUGAGGCACCGCCGGCCGCUGACCCGAAUCCAGAUCUUGUCUCCAGUGAGCCUGCGAACGAGGAGGAGCCAUCCAAGAAGAAAUCCAAGCAAAAGAAACCCAAAAUCCAAAUGGAGUCUUUCUUCAUUCCAAAGAACGAUCCCAGGCUGAAAGAAGGGGCCAAGUUCUUCAGGACCACCAAGGCAGAGGUGGAUCAUGCCGACUAUGACAAGGUGAAGAGCCGCCUCAAGCUUCUGAUCGGCAAUAAGAUAGCCAAGACCCGCAAGAACCUACCUAGCAAGGACAUCAAGCAGCACAGAAACAAAAAUCCGAAAAUCCCUACCAGAUAGGUUAACAGAUACUCGCAUCUAUCUUAUCCAUUGUACGCGUAUCCAUUCUAGUUAAAUAGUUAUAGGCAUAAAAUGUGUUUUUUUCUCGAAAAACUGUGUAUUUACCUAGAAUACAAAAAAAAAAAAAAAUAGAGAUAGAGAGUGAGAGAGAUUAUUAUGUUUAUAAGUUCCUGCACAAAUGCAUUUGAGCCCCAUUUCAGCUCGCAACUA